AGCUUCGCACACGCUGAGCUCGCAGUUGGCGGUCGGCCGGCGAAUAUCUUCAGGCUGGGGAGCGUUUUCCAUCUACCGCGGGGAAUCUUAUCGCUUUUCUCAUUUUAAUAAAGCAAAUUCCUCCUUGGAUUCCUUCUGAACCAAAAGAGCAAAUCCCAACAUGAGUGGAAGAGGCACAAUGCCAUCAAUCCCUGCUGAAACUGAAAUGGAUACAGUGACUUGCACUCCUGUUUCGGUUGACUGCAUACCCAAUGGAAUCUUGGAGAAGGAAUCUUGUAAUUCAACAGAAAAAGAGAGAAAGUGGAUCCGGCCUGAUGCUGUCAGCAAGUGUACCUGGGAGCUUGGAAAAUCUCCUUCUGAAUCUCCCCAUCACCAUGCUACAUUAACAAAGACUCCAAAAAUUAUGCCAGAUAUCCUGAAAAACAUUGGAGAUACUCCCAUGGUGCGUAUCAACAAAAUUGGAAAGCUCUGUGGCCUCAAAUGUGAACUCUUGGCCAAAUGCGAGUUUUUCAAUGCUGGAGGAAGUGUGAAAGACCGAAUCAGUUUACGAAUGGUGGAAGAUGCUGAAAGGGACGGGAUUCUGAAGCCAGGAGAUACCAUUAUUGAACCAACUUCAGGAAAUACAGGAAUUGGCCUGGCCUUGGCAGCUGCAGUGAAAGGAUACCGUUGUAUUAUUGUAAUGCCAGAGAAAAUGAGCAUGGAAAAGGUGGAUGUGCUACGUGCUCUUGGAGCUGAAAUUGUGAGGACUCCAACAACUGCUAGAUUUGAUUCUCCAGAAUCACACGUUGGAGUGGCAUGGAGAUUGAAAAAUGAAAUCCCCAAUUCCCAUAUCCUGGAUCAGUAUCGCAAUGCCAGCAACCCCUUGUCUCAUUAUGACACAACAGCAGAGGAGAUUCUUCAGCAGUGUGAAGGUCAAGUAGACAUGAUUGUGGCUGGAGCUGGCACAGGAGGCACCAUCACUGGUAUUGCCCGAAAAAUCAAGGAAAAGUGCCCCGGUUGCACAAUUGUAAGUGUUGAUCCUGAAGGAUCUAUCCUAGCGGAGCCUGAAAAAUUAAAUGUAACUGACAAGACAACUUAUGAAGUGGAAGGUAUUGGAUACGAUUUCAUACCCACAGUUCUGGAUAGAUCGGUGGUAGACAAAUGGUAUAAGUGUAACGAUGAGGAAUCUUUUGCCUUCUCACGCAUGCUAAUCAGAGAAGAAGGACUGCUAUGUGGUGGCAGCUCAGGUAGUGCCAUGUCUGUUGCCGUCAAGGCAGCCCAAGAGCUAAAAGAAGGUCAGCGUUGUGUUGUCAUCCUUCCUGACUCUGUCAGGAACUACAUGUCUAAGUUUUUAAGUGACAAAUGGAUGAUCCAAAGAGGAUUCAUGAAAGAAGAGGAUGAUGAUAUUAAGAAGCCUUGGUGGUGGCAUGUGAAAGUUCAGGAAUUAUGCCUGUCUGCCCCCCUAACUGUACUGCCAAGCGUUACCUGCGAAAAGACUAUUGAAAUACUCAAAGAGAAAGGAUUUGACCAAGUGCCAGUUGUGGAUGAAUCUGGACUGAUUCUGGGGAUGGUUACUCUCGGCAAUAUGCUCUCUUCAGUGCUUGCUGGUAAAGUACAGCCUUUGGAUAAAGUCAACAAAGUAAUCUACAAGCAGUUCAAAACGAUUCAUUUGCAGGACAACUUAGGAAAGCUGUCCCAUAUUUUGGAAAUAGAUCAUUUUGCUCUGGUGAUACAUGAACAGAUUCAAUAUCACAGUGAUGGUGAAUCUAGUAAAAAGCAAAUGGUGUUUGGUGUUGUUACGGCAAUUGACUUGCUGAAUUUUGUGACUGCUCAGGAACAGAAGAGAAACACAACCUAAGUUCAAGAAACACAUCAAUAGGGCUCAUUUCAUUGGCUUUUCACAUUAAAAAAAGUCUCUCUUCUUCUUUGCUUCUUUUGUUAGAAAAAUCUAGAAAAAAUCCUUUUGGUCAAAAUGAAUACCAUCAGAGUCAUUAUAAACAAUUGUUAGCUUUUAAAAUGUUGUAAUUUCUAGAAUGUAGCAAUCACAUUGAAAUAUAAGGACAUUGGGAAGUUUUAGGAUUAAUAGCUUCAGGAAAGAAUUGCUUUGUUUGCACAUACAAGUUUUAUAUUAUGAAAGCACAGCUGAGCUGGAGGACUAAGGCCUGAAUGAUCAAGCCAUCUCAAUAGGAUGGCUAUGUGACAGCUUUCCAAAACCCACUGCUGGUCCUGCUUCCACAUUAUGGUUGUGGUCUAGAAACUCUUCCGUUUCUUACACUACACUGUUUUGCAACCUAGAAUGCUAUUAGAUAUCUUAAUUUUUAAUCCUAUUAGAGCUUGACUAGUAUCAAACCUACUGGCUGUCUUCUAGUGCACAGAAAAAAAUACAACUACUUCCUAACCUAAUCUUAAUAAAGGAAUUGUCUUCAGAUGUAUCAAGGGGUUGAAAUAUAAACAUACAUAAGCAAUAGGAAGACUAUUUUAACUUUAUUUACAGAUGCUUGUUUGUUUAUCCAAAUGUUUCUGCUGAAUUCCAUAUCCCACCCAUUUUUCCAAUGCUCAACUAUAAGGUGACAAAACAUUCCUUAGCCCUCCAAUUCACAGAUUUCACUUCCUGAAUGCUUAAUAACAAUGGCCUUCUUUAUUCUGGUUAAAUUAUGGGUGCAAGGGGAAGUAAAAAAUUGCUUUGCCAGUUAGUAAAAAAAAAAAAAAUGAGAGAAAAAGCUCUUUAACUAGUACAUGCAGUUUCCAUUCCUCUAUGCACAUUGUGUGUAAUCAAAGAUAAUUUUGUCUACUUGACACACUACCAGCUCAUAGCAUGACCUAUGCCAGCAUCAGAAAAUGCUGUAUUUUCUCUACUGUUAAGUAUUCUAAUGUUCUAUUAAAUCUAUGUUGGCUAACUUGACUGCUAAUAUAUUUGUUCCACAAAGAACAAAUCAGAAUAUUUAAUAACUUAAAAUAUGAUUCUAUCUGCACAUUGUUUUAACUGUCUAGCAUCUCGUUGGCCAAGUAAUUGUUACCUCUGCUUUGUUCAUGGGUAUGCUAUGUUAUUUAAAAUGAUACUUGUUUAGCUGGUCAUAAUAGUCUUAAUGGGGAAUAACUGCAAACAAACUUAGCUAUUUUCUGAUUUUUUGGGUAGUCUCCUUUGAUGCAGGAUUUUCUUUUCUUUCCUUGUUUACUUUAACUUCUUCUGGAAGUUUUAAAGAAGUGUGCUAUUAUUACUGUACUUUUUCCAGUCACAGCAGUACUUGUUUCAUGCCAAAAAAAAUCUUGACACAAAUCAAGGACCAAGUUAUCUGUACAGAAGGUUCCUGCAUGUAUAUGGAAUUCAGAU